AUGAUGAAGUUUGUGACCCGAGUGCUUCUGGCGUUGUCUCUGUGCAGUGCCUCCAAGCUCAGGUCCAAGGACAAGUUUGGCUUCUAUUUCCCUGUGCACUCACAGAUUCCUGCCACUAUUGAGCUUCUUCAGUCCGUGAGGAAGCACUACCCGAACUCGCCCAUCUACUUGUUGCAGGAUGGCGGAAACGUCGACUUUGGCCCACUGUGCAAGGAGAAAGAGUACAACUGCAUUUUCGACCGCGUGCAUGGCCAGAACAGCCGCUGGAAUCCCCACAGCUGGAUGGCACGCUUCCGGAAGGCAACUGCGGCACUGGGCACGGAAUACGUGAUCUACCUGGAGCCGGACGUCAUUGUCAGGAAGCACCACACGAUUGAGCCGAAGCACGAUGCUGGGGGCAUCUAUGAUGAUUUCAACCCCCACAUGGGCAAGGAGACCAUCAGGUACCUUGAGAAGAUGGGCCGCGAGCGCAACCCCAACUUCAAUGUGAGCUGGAUCCACUUCGGCCUGAGCGGCGGCUCAUACUACCGCUCGGAGGCGGUGAUGGACGCUUUUGACCCCAAGCACGUGAAGAAUAUCGACUUCGCUGCCAUGGAAAAGAAAGAGGGCGACAAGACCAUGAGCAGCGAUUUCGCCAUGCUGGUGGCGCUCUUCGCGCGGGGCUGGACGGUCUACCCCUGGGAGGAGGUGUCACAGCAUUGGCUGAGCCCCAAGAAGCCCGACGAGCCGGAGAGGAAAUCGGAGAAGCUGACUGCGGCUUUUGAGCACAACCACAAGGAGCACUACAACGACCGCGUGCCAGAAAAGGAAGGCAAGCUGAUCCAAACCUUCUCAGAGAGGUUUCCGGACACGACCUGCCAUGGCUGUGUGUGGUAUCAUGAUGCGGACCCAGCGCAGCUGUAUCCCAUCCCGAAUCUUUGGCUGCAAACGGGGACAUGUCGCGCGACGCUGGGCGUAAUGUAUUGCAUUCACACAAAGCAGGCCGCCAAUGGCAAGCGCAAGCCAAAAAAAACAAAAGCAUCCGGGUCGCCUUUUUGGGGGGGUCAUGCCUGA